CCGCUCGCUCCUCGAGCAGGGGCCACCGGCCAUGCACCGGCCGACCCAGGACGGCUUCCUCGCAGCUCCCGAGCAGGGACACGCAAACACAUCUUCGCGGCGUCCUGAAGUACUUCCAAGCCGCAGCCUCAAAGGCACUAUGGAAUUACCUCCCCGAUUAGUCUGGCUCCUCCUAAGGAUGUAGAUUGCAUUCAUACUCAGAAGCUGAUUGAAGCAAUGAAGCCAUUUGGUGUGUUUGAGGAUGAGGAAGAACUGAAUCACAGGAUGGUUGUUCUUGGUAAGCUGAAUAACUUGGUCAAAGAAUGGAUUUCGGAUCUUGGUCAGAGCAAGAAUCUUCCCCCUUCAGCAAUAGCAAAUGUUGGUGGCAAAAUAUUUACAUUUGGUUCUUACCGGCUUGGGGUACACACUAAAGGUGCUGACAUAGAUGCAGUUUGUGUUGCUCCUAGACAUGUGGAAAGAUCGGAUUUUUUUCAGUCAUUCUUUGAAAAACUGAAACAUCAGGAGGAAAUAAAAAAUCUGAGAGCAGUUGAAGAUGCAUAUGUACCAGUUGUCAAAUUUGAGUUUGAUGGAAUUGAGAUUGAUCUUGUCUUUGCAAGACUGUCUAUGCCAACUAUUUCUGACAAUCUUGAUCUUGGAGAUGACUCGCGUCUGAAAAGCCUGGAUAUAAGAUGUAUACGUAGCUUGAACGGUUGCAGGGUUACUGAUCAAAUACUGCGUCUGGUGCCAAACCUAGAGAACUUCCGUCUUGCGCUCCGUGCAAUUAAACUGUGGGCAAAACGCCGUGGCAUUUACUCAAACAUGCUGGGAUUUCUUGGCGGAGUUUCCUGGGCAAUGCUAGUAGCAAGGACAUGUCAGCUUUAUCCAAAUGCUUUGGCUUCUACUCUGGUUAACAAGUUCUUCUUGGUCUUUUCAAAAUGGGAAUGGCCAAAUCCUGUAUUGCUGAAACAACCUGAAGAGAGCAACCUUAAUUUACCAGUAUGGGACCCAAGGGUGAACCCAUCAGACCGGUAUCAUGUCAUGCCUAUCAUCACUCCAGCCUAUCCACAGCAGAACUCCACAUACAAUGUGUCUCCGUCAACACGGGCGAUAAUGGUAGAGGAAUUCAAACGUGGUCUUGCAGUUACAAAUGAGAUUCUCCAAGGGAAAUCGGACUGGUCAAAACUCUUUGAACCCCUGAACUUCUUUCAGAAAUACAAACAUUACAUUGUGCUGACUGCUAGUGCCUCUACGGAGGACCAUCACUUAGAAUGGAUUGGCCUUGUCGAAUCUAAAAUUCGUGUCCUGGUUGGAAACUUGGAGAGGAAUGAGUUUAUAAAUAUGGUACAUGUGAAGCCACAGUCUUUCCCUGGCAACCAAGAACUCUGUAGACAGGGUGAACAUGUAUCAAUGUGGUUUCUUGGAAUCGAAUUUAAGAAAGUGGAAAAUGCAGAAAGUAUUAAUGUUGAUUUAACUCAUGUUGUACAGUCAUUCACAAGUACAGUUUACAGGCAGGCCAGCAACCUCAACGUGCUAAAGGAAGGAAUGAAGAUUGAGGCAGCUCAUGUGAAGAGAAAGCAUCUCCACUAUUUUUUGCCGGCUGAAACUAUUCAGAAAAAAAAGAAGCAAAGUAUGCCAGAUAUUAGUAAAAAUGCCUGUGAGCUUCAGUGCAAAAGGACUUCUUCAGAUGGAAACUGUUUGGGCAGUUCCAGAGACAAGGACUCCAGAACUCCAUAUAAUUCCUCUGUAUUAGAUAAGAUAACUAAAAUGGACACAUCUACAACAGAGACGAAAAGAACUGCUGUAUAUCAGAGAUCCAAUACCGCUAACAACAAAGAGAAGAUACCUCUUGGAGCUGUGCCAUCAGCAUCCACGAUAUUCUCUAUGCCUGUUGCUGAUUCAAAAAUGGAGACUACACUCGGAAUAAGAACAUCAGCACCUCUAACUGGUUGCACCAUUUCAGAACAUAACACAGUUUCUAAAGUAGGACCACAUUUUGGCCAAGGGCAGCAUGAAUUAACUGGGACUCCAGUUACAGACCCAAAGAAUACUGCCUCUAAACGACCUUAUUCACCCACCUCGACAGGAGACGAACGCCCCAAAAAAAUAACAGAUGGAGAAAAGCGAACUGGACAGGACUCAGCAUUCAAAGAUUGUGGUAACCCAGAAGAUGUCAUGAGAGCUACAGGAAAUGACGUGUUUGGAGGAAAAGCCAUGCUUGCUCCAGUCAUCAAGACAACAAGAUCACAGGAUUUUAAGAAGAAUUUUUAGGAAGAAUUUAGAUUACUAGUUUCUCGGACUUGAUUCAGCAUAUCUGAGAUUACACUCUAUAUCUUACUACUUCCUGACUCACUACUUGGCCCAGUGCAGAGUGACAUCACUGUUCUGGAGUUUCCCUGGAUGUGGCAGAAGUUUGAUACUACCCUCAGAUUAUGCAGAUUAGUUUUCAGCUAUUUUAAAUAAAGACACUUUGACAAUU